CAACCGAUUCCAUGAAGCAGCCAAGAUACUCGUUGCCUCUGAGCCCGGUGCUUCAACGCACAGGUUCUACCGGUCCUGCGCCUGUGGUUUCGGCUAGUGCAGCCUCGCGGCUUGUGUCCCCGACGACACGUGGCGCUGUACCGGGUCCCCGGCGAUCCCCGUGGUCCCAACCGGAGAAGGCGUCGCCAUCUCCCAGGCGAUCACCGAGACUUCAAUGGAAGACCGAGCGAGAAAUCAAAAGUCCCAGUCCUUCGCCGAAAAUCGACACUGGAAACACUGGAAACACUGGAAACAGUACUGGAACCACUGGCAUCACUGGACUCCUUCCAAAACGCGAGAAAGGCAGAGAGAUGCGGGCUGCCAGUGCUGAAUCUUUGAGCCCUGAAAAAACUGCGGGGAAGUCGCCUUGGCCCAUACUUCUAGGUUCUAGGCAGGGAAGCUUUAGCAGCUUCUCAGGCGACACGAUUUCCUAUGGCCUCAGGAGGUCGAACGGAUGGGCAGCCCUGCAAUGCCAAGAAGUCAUGCAGACCAUGGAGCCAUUUCGACAGUCUCUCCAGUUGGUGUUGUCAGAUCCAAGAAGUGCCGACCUUCAACACCUCCACAGCCAGUGUAAGCUCAUGGUGGCUGCAGCGAAUGGCCUGCAGCAAGCCCUAGAAAGCGAGAAGUGCAGGAGCUGGCAUGAUGUUGCUGCGGGCUCCCUCUGUGGCCGCCUUGCCCACCCACCUAGAGAGCUGCAAGCUGUCCGUGCAGAAGUGGAGGACUUGAAGGCACAAGUGAAUGCCUUGGAACGUAGCGCUAGAGCCGACGACUUGGAGCAGGUGGCUGCGCAACUUCGCAAGCGCGUGGCGGAACUGCAGGAGGAAGAGGCCCACCCACCUAGAGAGCUGCAAGCUGUCCGUGCAGAAGUGGAGGACUUGAAGGCACAAGUGAAUGCCUUGGAACGUAGCGCUAGAGCCGACGACUUGGAGCAGGUGGCUGCGCAACUUCGCAAGCGCGUGGCGGAACUGCAGGAGGAAGAGGCACGUUCUGCCGCCUUGCGAGAGGAAUGCCGAGAGCUCCGAUUGCAAAUAGCAGAGCUGGUCGGACAAACCUUGCCCAGCGAAGGCCCUCAGCAAUGUCUUGAACUUCGCGAGCGACUGAAAAAACUGCAGGAGAUGACACAAUCAACACAUUCUCAUCAACGGCUGCAAGAUGAGUUGACUGUCAAAGAUGUUUGAAGAUGUUUGAUGUGUUUUAAUCACGUGGCGGACAAUGACGCCGUCAUUUGUAUAGGCCGUAUAGGCCUGGUGGCCGCCCACACGGGAGGUUUUUGAAAGAAAUCUCCAAAUUCAAUCAGUAGUGAGAGAAGACCCAAAGUGUCUUUGUAGGUGUACAAAGCGUUGGAGGCUCGAAGUUUGCAGCAUUCCUGCGCCAAGAGAUGACAAACUGCUACAAAA